AGCCCCGGGCCGCCCCCAGCACCGCUCUGCUCUCUUGCAGCCUGGAGGAGCCUGUGGGAGCGUGGGCCCUGCCACGGCGCCCGGUGCGGCGGGGACGGGAAGGGGGUGGCCGGCGGCGGAGCCGGGAGGAUCCAAGGCUCCAGGCCCUUCUGUCUGAGCGCUCCUGCCAGAGCCCUUUGGGACAGGUGGGGAGGUGACAAGGAGAAGCAGCAGCUCACCUUGAAGGACGUGGCCGAGCUGCUCCAGAAGAAGGAAUGUCGGCGUGUGGUGGUGAUGGCCGGCGCUGGGAUCAGCACACCCAGCGGCAUCCCAGACUUCAGGUCCCCUGGGAGCGGCCUGUACAGCAACCUGGAGCAGUACGACAUCCCAUACCCCGAGGCCAUCUUUGAGCUGGGAUAUUUCUGCGUCAACCCCAAGCCCUUCUUCACCCUAGCCAAGGAGCUCUAUCCUGGCAACUACCGCCCCAAUUCCGCCCACUAUUUCCUCCGGCUGCUGCACGACAAGGGGCUGCUUCUGCGCCUCUACACCCAGAACAUCGACGGGCUGGAGAGAGUGGCUGGGAUCCCUCCUGACAGGCUGGUGGAAGCCCAUGGCACCUUUGCCACUGCCACCUGUAUGGUGUGCCAGAGGAACUUCCCUGGAGAGGACUUCAGGGGAGAUGUCAUGGAGGAUAGGGUCCCUCGCUGCCCCGUCUGCACCGGAGUUGUCAAGCCUGACAUUGUGUUCUUCGGCGAGGAGCUCCCACAGCGCUUCCUCCUGCACCUCACAGACUUCCCCACGGCAGACCUGCUCUUCGUCAUUGGGACAUCCCUCGAGGUGGAGCCCUUUGCCAGCCUGGCCGGAGCCGUGCGCAGCUCCGUGCCCAGGGUGCUCAUCAACCGGGAGCUGGUGGGGCCCUUUGCGUGGCAGCAGCGCCGCAACGAUGUGGCCCAGCUUGGGGACGUGGUCAGCGGCAUCAAGAAGCUGGUGGAUCUGCUGGGCUGGAAGGAGGAGAUGCAAAAGCUGAUCCAGAAGGAGAAAGAGAAGGUGGGAAGAGGCUCAGACCCCCAGCUCCCCCCUCAGCCCCUGCGUUCCCUGUGUUGGAGUUAUGCAGGGGAGCGAGUUUGUGCUUGCUGGGGUCACAUUGCACAGAAAAGUGCAAAAAAAAAAAAACAAACGAAAACAAACCCUAAUCAACCCAAACCUGAGUGCUGUUUCACAGCCAGUGUGGCAGGGCAGAGCACAAAGGCUGAAUGUGUCUAUGGUAGAUGGGAUGACAUGGAUCUGCCAGUCCCAGAUGAAUUAGGAACAUGAAAAAGAACAGGAUUUGGGCUGAAAGCAGUGACCCUCUCAGGGACUGAAAAGCUUCCUGUUACAUCACCUGGUGUGUCAUUUGUUUGUGUACAAGCCCUGCACCUGGAGGUGCAGAUUCCAGGGGGUGGGAGUAA